AUUUUGUUACAUAUAGACUUGAGGUCUUAUUUGCGUCGCCCAUAGAACCGAAGAUCUAGAAGCCGAACUCAAGGCAAUCCGUCAGGCCAAACCCGUGGCGGAACUUCCUGUACAACAGAAUCAAUCGAGAAGUUCAAACUUGAUUUUUGAGGAGCGUUGCUUUUAAUAUACCACGAUACUCCUAUUUCAACACUGUUAUAGGUUGCAAUUGGCUUCACUGUCUGAGUCAUUUCACCCUACCGUGAGUCAGGCAACGGUACCUGGGAAUGCCGAGAAUAAAUAGUUCCGCUUUCAACUCCGAUAACGAACCUCCCCGCCACCCCACCAACUUUUGCUUCUCGACAUCAUCGAGCCCCGAAACCUCCAACACACCAACCCACAAUGACUCAAAGGUCAUCACCAUUCAAUCUGCAGACAUGUGCUCGGCCCAAUAUCUUGCAGCUGCAGCCCUACCGGUGCGCCCGCGAUGACUACAAAGAUGAUGGGACAAACGUGCUCCUCGACGCCAACGAGAAUGCCUACGGUCCUGGAUUGGCAUUGAACAAUGAGGGCGCAUUGCAGGCGUCGCAGACGGGCGCAUCGAAGCCGGAGAUUGAUUUCUUGGGCUUGAACCGAUACCCUGAUCCUCACCAGAUCGAGCUGAAGCAGUUAUUCUGCAACCUCCGCAAUACCCACCACCACACACAAAAGACACUCCGGCCCGAGAACAUGUUUGUCGGAGUUGGAUCGGACGAGGCCAUUGAUGCACUGCUGCGAUGCUUCUGCACCCCCGGCAAGGAUAAGAUUCUUACCUGCCCGCCGACCUACGGCAUGUAUAGUGUGAGCGCACAGGUCAAUGACGUUGAGAUCGUCAAGGUGCCGUUGGAUGUGAACAACGGGUUUCACCUGCAGCCGGACAAGGUCAACGAGGCCCUAUCGGCAGACCCCUCCAUUAAACUGGCAUACAUCUGCUCACCGGGUAACCCGACGGCGAAUCUGAUCCGCAAGGAAGACAUCCAGAAGGUGCUGGAGCACCCGACGUGGAACGGUGUGGUCAUUGUGGACGAGGCAUACAUUGACUUUGCCCACGAGGGAGCCAGUUUGGCCGAAUGGGUAAACGACUGGCCCAAUCUCGUGGUGAUGCAGACUCUCAGCAAAGCCUUUGGUCUGGCGGGUAUCCGCCUGGGAGUUGCCUAUUCCAGCCCCGAGAUUGCCCAGUUGCUGAACAGCCUGAAGGCCCCCUACAACAUUUCCAGUCCGACAAGCGCGCUAGCCACGGCCGCCCUAACAGCCCCCAAUAUGGCGGUGAUGCGCCAGUACCGCGAGAAGAUUGUCGGUCAGCGCGACCGGUUGAUCCGUGAGUUGCCGCUGAUCCCCGGCGUAGGCCGGUUCCUGGGUGGCCAGGACUCGAACUUUUUGCUGGUGGAGAUGCUCGAUGCCGAAGGCCGCCCGAGCAACGUCACCGCGCUCGCAGCGUACGAGGCGAUGGCUGAGAAGCGUGGGGUGGUGGUGCGUUUCCGGGGCAAGGAGUAUGGGUGUGAGGGUUGCUUACGCAUCACCGUCGGUACUGAGGCCGAGGUCACCAAGUUCCUGCAGGAGCUACGGGUGGUGCUUGGUGGACUACGCACCGGGGCCGGUAUCCAGUCGGUUCGGGACGAGGAGCAACGGGAGGAUGCAGCGGCGGCGGUGGUUGGGUAAACGGGUGUUCACCGGUGUUGUAAGUUGUGAUGUGUUACCGGCUACAGCACGGAGUAACUUGCUAUGUAUUCGGAGAAAUAAUUUAGAUAUCUCUGUACGGGAAAACGGAGAUGAGUGCUCGGUACAUUCUCCUCUAUCUGCGGUUAUAGUUUAUCUUGUCAGAGCGGAGGAGAUAUCCAGUAUCGGUAUCAGUAUCUCGGCUGGUUUGUACAAGAUUCUCGGAAGUCGUCCGUCCAAAGUCAACCACAGUAAUCGAAUAUCUUAUUCAAGAUAGCGUUCUAUGGAAUGAAAAGC